GCCGCGCUGCCCCACCGGGCAUGGUCCCCGCGCUGGGCAGCUGCUUCCCCUGCCUGGCAGGGGCACACAACAGCUCCACUGCCACCAGGUUCUGGCUUCUCACCCGCCGCUGGAAAUAUCCCUCAGCCCAAGAGAGGCCCCUCUGCUCGCCCACACUCAGCCGUUUCCUUCAGGCUCAGGUCUGGGGCCCAGGCUUUUGAAGAAGUGGUUUCGUUGCGGGCAGUGACGUGCACCCUGAAGACAGCCACCUGCACAGCCGGGUUUCACGCACUCGGGCUGAGGACGGCAGGGCAUCGCCAGCCAUGGCACUGUGCCCACCCGCUGCCCACCCCUCGGGGACCCCGCUUUGGCUACCAGUUCUUGUUAUGACAGCAAUAACUUUCACUUCUGCAACGAAUCAAAAUAUAUCUGAGAUUACAUGUGUAUUUAUCAGCCAGAAGGAUGAAGGUUCAAGAACACCGAAGUCAUCAGUAUCUUCUAAGAUUUCUAAUAUUUUGGAAGAUCUCGGGUGCUAUUUGAAUUCUCAAGGAACAGAGAACAUCUAUGCACCAACUAAAAAUGUGGAAGUCAACGUGUUUGAAGAUAUUGAGUUAAGAGUGAUAAUGAACAUUUCAGAGAUCAUUUCAUGCCUUUGGUUUUUUAAAGAGAGCCAAGCUUGUAAACCUUCAUUGGACUCGGAGAACAGAUAUGUUACUUCUUUGGCUUUUUCCCAAAUAAGAGAAACACAGGCUGGAAAAUACACUCUCUCAGUCAUAAGUAAAAACAGCAAUUACACCAUAAUUGUUCCUGUUUUCAUCCGCAAUAAACCAGGCAAACCCUAUUUCAAGAGGAGUGGAAAACUGGAUGCUAUAGAGUGCAUAUCGGAGAGCUACCCCCCGCCAUCUGUGCAGUGGAUGUUUUGCAAAACACCCGACAGGAGUUGCCUUAAUAAAGUGCAUGAAGGAAAUAGAGGAAAAGAUGGCAUACAGAAGGUACAACAUGAAUUAAGUCAGAGAGGACUAUUCCAAAGUUAUAUAUGGUGCUGUGCAGCUAAUGACCUGGGCAGAGAAUGCACCAGCCUGUUUACUAUAGAUUUAAAUGAAAGACAAGCAGCACCUCUACCUGAAUUACUCCUCAAAGUCGGGGAACCAUUGCUGAUCAGAUGCAGAGCUCUUUAUCGUAACUAUAAAUUCAGGAUAAAUUUGUCUUUUGAAAACAAAGAAGUGCAGCAGGAUCGUAGGUUUGAUGGGUUAGAGUAUCUGACAGACCACUCAGCUAUCCGGAUCCAGUACGUGUUUGCUUCAGCAGCAGAACGAGGUGACAGUGGACGUUAUACCUGCUCCUCUACAGCACAUCCGAACCAAACUGCUCUGGUUACAGUUUUAGAAAAGGGAUUUAUAAAUAUAACUGACUCUAGAGAAGAUUUUGAAAUUGGUGAAGAAGAUUUUUGCUUCGAAGUUAACUUUACAGCAUAUCCACCAGUUAGAUGCAUGUGGCUAUUUUCCCAAAAAAUGUUUCCAUGUAAGCAAAGUUACAGUGCAGAUGGACGCAGCAUUUCAUCAAAGUUCUGCAACCAUCAGCACCAGUCUGGCAUAUAUAUAUUUUAUGCUGAAAAUGAUGAUACAGUCAUGACAAAAAGAUUCACUUUGUACGUGAGAAGAAAGCCUGAAGUAACAAUGCAGUUGUUGUUCAAGCAGAUCUCGUGCAUCGCUGACAGCUACCCGGCCUCAUCCUGGGUUUGGAGAAACUGUCCUGAUCUGAACUCAUCCAACUGCACGGAAAAAAUCACUGAGGGGAUCCAGAGCUUCUUGCCAGAGAGGAGAUCCCUUGGGUCGUGGAUUUCAAGCAGUGUUUUAGAUGUGAAGGAGACAGCAACAACCUUCUCUGUUGAGUGCUGUGCAAGCAAUUCAGUUGGCUCAGCCUGCGAAAAGAGCUUCAUUAACCUGUCAGUUGCAGGAGCAGUUUCUUCCCCACCGGACAACACUGCAUUCUAUGUCUUUGCUGGAUUUAUCUUCCUAUUGAUCUUUUUUUUGUCUCUACUCAUUUGCCAUAAAUACAAAAAGCAAUUUAGAUAUGAAGGCCAGUUGCAAAUGAUACAGAUGAUUGGAUCGUUGGAUAACGAGUAUACCUACAUUGACUUCCGUGAAUUUGAAUACGAUCUCAAAUGGGAAUUUCCCAGGGAAAAUUUGGAAUUUGGACAGGUGCUUGGAUCUGGGGCUUUUGGGAAAGUGGUGAAUGCAACAGCUUAUGGAAUUAACAAGGCAGGAGACUCAGUCCAGGUUGCAGUCAAAAUGCUAAAAGAAAAGUCUGACACUUCAGAAAAAGAUGCUCUGAUGUCUGAGCUGAAAAUGAUGACUCACAUUGGAAGCCAUGAAAAUAUCGUGAACCUACUAGGAGCUUGCACUGUGUCAGGGCCAAUCUACUUGAUAUUUGAAUACUGUUGCUACGGUGACCUUCUGAACUACUUAAGGAGCAAAAGAGAAAAAUUUUACUGGACACUGACAGAUAUAUUUAAACAGCACAACUUCAGCUUCUACCACAACUUCCAUUUGGACCAAAAUUCCAGGAUGAGAACCCACCUGAAGUAUGGUGUGAACACGAGUCUGUGCGGAGAGGACGAAUUUGAAAUCGCACAAACAAGCCAAAACAUAAAUAUGACACCUGGACCAAAUGGGAUUGUGCCGUUUUCUGAGGAAGAUGAUAUUAAGCAUAUAAGCAGGCAGAUGGAUGAAGAAGAGGAUUUUAAUGUGCUCACUUUCGAAGACCUUCUUUGCUUCUCUUACCAAGUUGCCAAAGGAAUGGAGUUUCUGGAGUCCAAAUCGUGCAUCCACAGAGACCUCGCUGCCCGGAAUAUACUAGUGACCCAUGGAAAAGUAGUGAAAAUAUGUGACUUUGGCCUUGCCAGAGAUGUCGUGAAUGACUCCAACUACAUUGUCCGAGGCAAUGCUCGCUUACCAGUUAAAUGGAUGGCUCCUGAAAGCUUAUUCGAGGGGACGUACACCAUGAAGAGUGAUGUCUGGUCUUAUGGAAUAUUACUGUGGGAAAUAUUCUCUUUGGGUGUAAAUCCCUACCCUGGCAUUCAGGUUGAUGCCAACUUCUACAAAUUAAUCCAAAAUGGAUUUAAAAUGGACCGACCGUAUUAUGCUACAAAAGAUGUCUACUGCGUGAUGCAGUCCUGUUGGGCACUGGACACCAGAAGAAGACCUUCUUUUUCCAGGCUUGUUUCUUCUCUUUCCUGUCAGCUGGCUGAGGCAGAGGGAGCAGUUUACCAGAACAUGAAAAGAAACGUUUCUACGCACAAAUCCAAUGCCAAAACUAAGCCACGUGUAAGCAAAGAUGAGGAAUCUUUUCAGUCCUCAGCUCUGCUCCAGCAUGAAGACUCUCAAGUUAAAAAAUAAUCUGGGUCUAGAUCUCAGUAUUUUCCUCAACUCCAUGUAGCAUAAAUGCUUUACAUCACCACUAGAAAAAGAAGAUGUUACUGACUGCUGCUCUAUUCACAUUUCCUAUGGGCUACUCCAUAUUUAUGUUACUUUGAGGAGAAGACACAAUUUUUUUCUCUGAAUUCAGCAAACGCAUCUGUCCCUAGACAGGAGCAGUUGUCUUUUUGCUGGUUUUCUACAACUGGAUAUCGUUUUUCCUGGCUAUAUGUACAGUGUCUAAUCAAUACAUCAGAAUUCAGACUGUUCUUGCCAUACUGCAAGCAAACACAAGGAAAUCCAUGGUUUUUAGUUAACGUUUUCAAGCAUGGACUACGAUCGAAAGAGAACUGGUGUGAUUUCCAGAAGUGCUACACGCAUCUUGGUCUCCAGAGGCCAGUGAGUGUUGGAAAAAAAGCCACCAAAAUAGCCAAAUUUAAAUGCCUGAAUUUUAAAAUAUCAGCCUUACAAGGAACUGUAUAUCUGAACAUGUACAAGUGCCUCAUCCUGAGUAUCUCAAUCACUAUAAAGUUCCCAAAUACAGUUCAGGUGAGUUCAUUAAGCUUUAGGCUUUCACAUGGGCUCCAGCCAUCCAGCUCUGUGCUUGCUGAUGAGAAAUAAGCACUUAGAGAUAGUGAUUCCUUCUACCUAAAAUAAGCAUCCAAAACAAACAGAAGAGGGCAGGAGAUGACCUUCCUUCUCCCUGCUCUAGAAAAUCCAGAUGACUGGCUCCAGCUGCAAGUCUCACUUCCACUGAGUUAUGGCUAAUCCCAUUCUCUGAGCUUUGUGUAUUUUAAUAUCAAAUAAAAAUUAUUAAUUCUGAAUAAAUUAUCCUGUGAAGCAAUUUAGGAGCAUAAUAUCAUCACUGCCAAUUCCCAGAAGUCUUCCUGUCUGUAUAAACCCUGCUGCAAUUAAAUGAGCGUGCAUCUCUUUAACUUUCUCUCAGACUCCCAGGACAAUAACCAGAGACUUGAUGUUUUUUUUAAUACAGAUGAAAAGAGACACUAUUUUCAUGGUGAGGUUUUGGGAUUUGUAGACAUGCCUUUCAUAAGGACUAAUGGGAUACAUUUAUCUACAGCCCAGUGAAUCAAGAUGAGGAGAUCCUGGGUAAUAUUUUCUUCUGUUACAUUUUACAAAAUGCUAUCUGCAAUUAGGAUUUCCAGUGGCAAGUGUUGUAAAUCAACGUGUUUGGAUGGAAUGUGCUAUCUCAUAAAUCGAGCUGUUCUUUACUAACAUUGUCUGAAAAUAAUUAAUGUUUUAUUACAGCAAUUACAAAUUGUAUAUUUUGGCUAACAUUUUGGAAUUAGCAAAGAAACAUCAAUUAUUUUAAUCAGACUGCCAGAGAAUAGUUUGGAAGUAUGAAGACAGAAAUAAAACUUUAACUUUGUAUGUUGUAGAAAA